UUAUUAUUGUGCAGGAGAUGAUGAUAUCCAAAAUGCAUGCUAUGCUUCCUUUUGAUGUUCCACGUAUCCACAUUCAUGCAGAUCUGAUUUCAUCAGUUUCAGUGUACUUCAUCAAGUCAUGGGCUGUGGCUUCAAUCCCUCAAUUUUUCGUUUGCAUGUGCUGUGCUGCUAUUAAGCAUUGUUUAGCAAACAAUGUUUUGGGAAUUUCCUCCAGUAUCAAGCUCCUGGUCCCACCCGCAGAUGCUGCCUCCAUGCUUUUCAUUGGUGACACUCUAAUAUCUGGUAUAUGUGUUGCACUUGCCCUCUGUAUUGCUGUGCCAAGAGGUAGCAAGAACAGUUUCUUUAAUUACGCAUGUUUGCGGUACACUGCCAGCUUGACUGUAAUUAACAUCAUAAUGAACUGGUAUCAAUCCACACAGGGUGGGGGGCAGCCUGUUCUACAAUACGUUGCUGCUGGCGUGAUUGAUUUUGUUGCUGUUCACUGUUUGUGGAAUGUAGAAGUAAAACAGGGUGACAACAAUCAGCCGAUGAGUGAAGUGUGCGAUUGGAACAUUUAUGGAACCAAACUCAAGUUUGAUGGAUGGUUUCUUAACACUGCCGAUCAGGAUGGUGACGGAGGUGAGGAUGGUGCCGGGGGUGAGGAUGGUGCCGGGGGUGAGGAUGGUGCCGGGGGUGAGGAUGGUGCCGGAGGUGAGGAUGGUGCCGGAGGUGAGGAUGGUGCCGGAGAUUAUGAUGGUGCUGGAGGUGAGGAUGGUGCCGGAGGUGAGGAUGAUGCUACAUUUGCAUUGGAGGAUAUCGGUCGUGAAAUUGUGUCAUGUUUACGUGUGGUGCAAUUGUUAGCCAUUCGUGCAAACUUCCGUAUCAGCCAUAUCAACGCAUUGGACUGGAACCAAUAUACAAACAUCUAUAGGGCACUUGAGGGGGAAGUACAAGAGGAAGGAAUGGAUUUGGUACUCACUGGACCAUAUAGGAUGCUAGAGGCUUACUCCACCUUGGGCUUGGAGGUUUUCACAGCCGACGAUGAUGAGGGGUCUUCUACCGGUCGUAUUUUCAAAAGGUGGGAUGUUGCUUGGCCUGAAGAGGUUGAGGAAUUCACACAAACCAUCUAUGGAGGCCUUGGCCGCAAGUUGGAGGUCACAUACUUGGUGAUUCCGGAAGCCAUUGAGACCCAUGUUGAGGUCAGGUUGAACCUCAAAGACCUCGGUUCGAAAAGCCGCGCUGUGUAUGGUAGCGUCAAGUCAAUUGCCAUUGACUAUGGGAGCAAAAGCGUCCAUCUCUUCAGUUGUGAACGAGGAAAGAGCUUGUCCCUGCCCUGUGGUUCCACGUGCAUUCUUCCACUGGAACCACACAUGAUUGCAUUGCCAUAUCUUGGACAUUUCGACCUCCAGAUAGAGGUGGACCUAAGAGUAAUCACAACCUGUGACAGCCAAGAAGAGGACAAGAAUUUGAAAUUCUGUCUAGACUGCAGCCGUAGAAUUAGGAGUGAAGAACGUCUAGAGCACCGUCUUAGAAUUAGGAGUCAAAAAAGAGAAGUUGAUGGUGAUCAAGUUGAAGUGAACGUCAUCUGGCACCUAGAAAGAACCUUCUAGAAAGGAGCUAGAAGACAAAAUAAGUGAAGGAAGGAAUGUGCCACAUCUGCAACUU